CUCGCUGCGCAGCACCACGAGCAGCGUCUACUCUUUAUUAUGUCUAUGCGCAGGACGACAUGAGGGUGAAACAGAUUUACAGCAGCUGGUCGUGUUGUUGGUCCUCAGAAUCCGUCUCAGAGUGAGCCUCUGUCCGGCCCUGUCUGUGCGGGGCUCCGGUGCUCAGCGGGCCGCGGCUCUCAUGUCUCCCCGGCGGCACCGCCUCCUGCUCGGCACAAACUCUCCGGCUCUCUGACCGCCCGCUCACGGUCGUGUUUCCCCACAGACGGCGGGGAUGUUCCGGCUCUGGUUUGAAGCCGCGGUAGUCAUGUGGCUGGUCCCCGGGACUCUGGGAGGCGCAGCCCGGCUGUACACGGAGGAAGACCCGCUGGUGAUCCUGAGCAGCGGCAGCCUUAAGCCCACCAUCAGUAACUCGUCGUCGGCCUGGCUGGUCCAGUUCUUCUCGUCCUGGUGCGGACACUGCAUCCAGUACUCCGGCACCUGGAAAGCUCUGGCCGGGGACGUCCAAGACUGGCGGGAGGCCAUCAGUGUUGGUGUGUUGGACUGUGCUCAGGAGGAAAACUUUGACGUCUGUAAAGACUUCAGCAUCAAGUUCUACCCAACGUUCAAGUAUUUUCGGGCCCACAGUCCGCCGACAGACCGAGGGACGACCUACAGAGGUGCAGACAGAGAGAUCCAGUCGGUCCGACAGCUGAUGGUCAACAUCCUCCAGAACCACACCAGGAUGGACCGGCCCCAGCACUGCCCCCCCUUAGAACCAUACAGUUCUGCAGAGCUGCUUCCUCUGCUGGGUCAGAGGUCCGAUCACUUCACCGCCAUCAUCGUGGAGGAACCGGACUCGUAUGUCGGCCGAGAGGUGAUCCUGGACCUGCUGCAGUACUCAGGUGUUCAGGUGAGGAGGGCUCUGAGCUCAGAUCUGCCCCUGCUGGACGCUCUCAAGAUCUCCACCUUCCCCUCCAUCUACCUGCUGCAGCCCAACGGAACACACACACACCUGCACAGUGAAAAGAAGCUCCGGUUCUUCUUCUCCUCCCUGCUGAAGGCGUUACCUGGAGUCCAGCGGAGGUUGCAGGCAGCCAGCAGCAGCUCCAGCGUCGGCCAAGUGGAGGCGCUGCAGGACCAACACAGCACCGAGCCCUGGAGGGACUUCGACAGGUCCAAGGUGUACCUGGCCGACCUGGACUCGGCGCUGCACUACCUGCUGAGGGUGGAGAUGGCCACGCACAGCACGCUGGAGGGGGAGGAGCUUCAGGUCUUCAAGGACUUCAUCACCGUGGUCGCCAAGCUGUAUCCAGGUGGAGCUUGGGUAGUGAAGCUGAUGGAGACGCUCUCUGAUUGGCUGCUCAGUCUGCCGCUGCAGAGAAUCCCCUAUCAGGCUGUUCUGGACCUGGUGGACAACAAGAUGAGGAUCUCAGGUGUGUUCCUGGGGGCGGAGCUUCGCUGGGUUGGUUGCCAGGGCAGCAGGGCGGGGCUCCGAGGUUACCCCUGUUCACUCUGGACCCUGUUCCACGUUCUGACGGUCCGACACGAGGCCACACCCACCGCCCUGGACAACACAGGUGUGCAGCUAGGCUCCGCCCCCGUCCUCCAGGUGAUGCGUCGCUACAUCAGGACGUUCUUCGGCUGUGAGGUCUGCGGUCGACACUUUGAACAAAUGGCAGCAGAGAGUUUAGAUUCAGUCCAGAGCAGAGAGGAGCAGAUCCUCUGGCUGUGGAGGACACACAACAGGGUCAACAACCGGCUGGCAGGUUCUCUCAGUGAUGAUCCUCUCUUUCCUAAGUCUCCGUGGCCCAGCACCUCCCUCUGCUCCUCCUGUCAUGAAGAGAAAAAUGGCGUCCAUGUGUGGAACCGUGACAACGUGCUCCACUUCCUGCGGCGUCACUACUGCAUCGCCAACCUGUCCCCCCGUUACUCGCUGGUCCCUCCGCCUCCUCCUGAGCGCGCUCAGAGCGGCCGGCCCGAGGAGGAGCCCCAAGGAGGAGGACCGGGGAGGGAGGAGGAGCCUCGCCACGGUAACCAGGCGGCGAGGGAGGAGCAUCAGGAGGUUCUGGUCCGGUCCGGUUCCAGUUCUGUGUGGAUCCUGGGUUCUCUGGGCUUCAACAGCGUGGACAUGAGUCUGUGUGUCCUCCUCUACGUGUCCUCCUGCCUCGUCCUCAUGCUGCUCUUCUUCUUCUUCAAAGUCCGCUCCAGGAGGUGGAAGCUAAGGACCACACGCCUGCACGUCUGACCGGACCAGACCGGACAUCCAGAACUGGUGUAAUGCGGGUCAGAGCUGGUUCCAGAUGGAGUUUGAUUUAAACCUGAUCAAUCGAUCGAUCAGAAUCAUUGAUUCUCAGAUUAAUGAAGUGAACGGUCAGAACUUUGAGGUUCUGAAGCUGCGUCGUUUUUUUAUGGAGUGAAUUUACGUUGAAACUAAAAAAGUAAAAAUCCAGUUUUUAUUCUGAUUUCAUUUUAAUUUUAGAUUUUGAUGUUAUUUUUAAAACUGCAUUUUGAUGGUUUCUUUAUUUUAUUUAGUUUUAUUUGAAUUUUAAUAGUUUGUUCUGUUUCAUUUUAGUUUAACUACAUUUAAUUUAUAGUUUUUAUUGAUUUUAUUUUGUGCAGCUUUUUCUGAACGAACCAGGAAGCAGUGUCACAAAGAGAACUGUCGGUUCCGUUGGGUCCUCGGUUCCGUUGGGUCCUCGUGCGUCAGUUUCGUUGGAUCCUCAGUUCCGUUGGGUCUUCGGUUCCGUUGGGUCUUCGGUUCCGUUGGGUCCUCGGUUCCGUUGGGUCUUCGGUUCCGUUGGGUCUUCGGUUCCGUUGGGUCCUCAGUUCCGUUGGGUCUUCGGUUCCGUUGGGUCUUCGGUUCCGUUGGGUCCUCAGUUCCGUUGGGUCCUCGUGCGUCAGUUUCGUUGGGUCCUCAGUUCUGUUGGGUCUUCGGUUCUGUUGGGUCUUCGGUUCCGUUGGGUCCUCGGUUCCGUUGGGUCCUCAGUUCCGUUGGGUCUUCGGUUCCGUUGGGUCCUCAGUUUCGUUGGGUCUUCGGUUUGUUGGGUCCUCGGUUCCGUUGGGUCUUCGUGCGUUGGUUCCGUCUGGAACUCAGCAGCAGGGUCCAGAACAAAGACUUGAAUUUGAUUGCAACUUUCUUCCUGUGAAACAACCAAUCACAAUCCGUCCUGACAGCCAAUCAGCUGUGUCUCUGAACCAGAACCAGCUCUGACCCGGUUCUGACUGGGUUUGGGCUUCAGUGACUGCUGUGGAACCGGGUCUGGACUCUGAGAUCCCAUUUAUUUAUUUUUGUACUUCAGACCAGGUGUGUCUCACCUGGACCAGACUGGACUGGACCUCUGGACUGGGUCUACAUCCCAAAAUCCCUCAGGAGGCACGUGAAGGAUGAUGGGAGACAGGGACCUGAACCGGAUCAGAACCUCCCAGAGGUUACUUUGUGCCAAAUGUUUAACCUGCGACACACCUGUCCUCUCAGGCUCCGCCCCCUGUUGCACACACUGUGAGGUCAGAACCAGGUCUGGGUCAGAACCAGGCAUGUGAUUUUAUGACUGAAGCUGUGGGCUGAACGUGAAACAAACUUUGUUUCUGCGUUUUUACAGAGUUUCUCACAAACAGAACCGACAGGAAGUUCCAGAAGAAGAAAAUGAUUUCCAGGUGAAAGCUUCACCUGAGAGGGUCGAUGGAUCGUUGUGUCUCAGUGUUUAAUGAAAUGUCUGAAGAAUCCAGAAAAAGAUUCAGAAAAGACCCGAAAAUGAUCAGGCUAGUAGGAUUAGGUUCAGCUUCUAUCCAACUGAACAGGCGAGGUCACGUGACCCAGCAGGUGACGUCACCUGUUCAGUUUGACUGCAGCUCAUUUUCAGGAACAUCAGGACUGAUAUUUACUAAAACCUUCCAUUAAAAACAGAUUUAGAUGUUAAAAUGUUAAACGAGUCAAAACACUGAAACUGAAAAAUCAAAUUCUACUUUAAAAACAGGAAGAGUUCAGAAAAUGAAACCAUCCAAUCUUAAACAGGAAGUAAAGUCUUUUUCCAGUUCCAUUUCUUUUAAACUAAAUGUUUGUUUCUGUGUUGCCAUCAGACAAACUCAUUCUUUAUUGUCUCAGCUUCAGAAUUGUGGCUCUUCUGGGAGUUUAGUGAAGAAAUGUUUGUUGUUUUUAUUUUCUUUCUGCAAUUAUUUAUGUUGUCUUUGAAUUUUACGACAAAAUAUUUCCUUUUCCAUUAAACUGUCUGUAUUCUCUUUGGUUUGUCCCUCAGGUAUGUCUGUUAAUACUGUCAAUAAAUGCUGUUGGAAUAAA